GCGUGAUCAGCAGUGUGUUUACAUUUUUUGUGGGAGUGUAAAGUUUUUUUUUUGACGUUGAAGAGUAGACUCUGUACAAAAAUUCCCAGAAAAUCCCGUUCAAGAAGUACCCACGUGGACAAUGCAAUAGUGUGUUGAUAUAACUUGAAAAUGCUUAAAGUAGCUUAGAGAGAAGUAGCUGAAGGGUAGUUUAAUGAUGCUCUACUUGGGGUUAUGUCCCGCUUGCUGACCCUCCUGUCGACGGUCUUCGCACGAAAAUUACGCAAUGCUCAAUUUUCAACAAUGGGCUCGAACGGAAUUUGUGUUGAGGACAUUGACGUGUUCUGCAGUGAGAAUUGCAAGAUCAAGGACAGAACACGUGUCGAGGGGAUUCUCAGGGAAUUAAUUGCUGGUGGAACUGAUCGACUUCAGGUGGUAACAGACUUUGAUCAUACAAUCACAAAGCAGAAAUUGGAAAAUGGUCAGAAGGUACUUACCAGCUUUGGCAUCUUUGACGAAUGCAAGUCCCUGCCACCUCAAUUCCGAACUGAAAGUCGCCAGCUCUACGAUAAGUACAGGCCUAUUGAGGUGGAUCCCUGUGUUCCGAUGCCUGAAAAAAUCAAUUCAAUGAUUGAAUGGUGGCGCCUGUCCAACGAACUCCUCAAGGGCUUCAAAUUCAAUCCCACAGAGAUUGACGAUGUGGCUGUGAAAUUCAAGGACGCCCUCAGGGAUGGCACUCACGAAUUAUUCACUCAGCUCAAUCGACAGCAAGUUCCUGUGCUGGUUUUCUCAGCAGGUUUGGGAGACUCUGUUGUGUCAAUUCUUCGACACGCAAAUGUCCUCCUGCCCAAUGUCAAAGUCGUUUCGAAUUUUCUCCAGUACCAGGAUGGGAUUCUCAAUGGAUUCCAGGAGAAAUUCAUUCAUGCCUUCAACAAAAAUGAAACUGCACUCGAAGGGACUGAAUACUACAAUCUCGUUCACUCCCGCGAUCACGUUAUACUAAUGGGGGAUUCUCUGGGGGACGCUGGAAUGGCUGAUGGCAUCCCAACCUCAUCGCACGUCCUCAAAAUCGGCUUUCUCUUCGACCAUGUCGAACAGAGCCUUCCAAAGUACAUGGACACCUUCGACAUUGUCCUGAUUGACGAUCAAACAAUGCGAGUACCCCAGAAGAUUCUCUCACUCAUUUCAACAUCAAUGUGAAUCUGUUCCACCGUCUCGUGUACAAAUAAACCAUAUGGACGACUAAUGUAAUUUAUUAAACACUGCACUGUCUCGAGUCAGUGUCCAAUAAAUCAAGAUGACACAACAA